GGCAGUGGCAUUGGACAAGGCAAGAUUCUGCAGAAGUUCCCUGAGAAAGACUGGGAAGAUAACCCCUUUCCCCAGGGUAUUGAACUGUUUUGUCAGCCCAGUGGAUGGCAGCUAUGCGCCGAGAAGAAUCCUCCAACAUUCUUCAUCGCUGUUCUGACAGACAUCAAUUCAGAACGUCAUUACUGUAGCUGCUUCACCUUCUGGGAGGAGUGUGCACCGAAUCUUAUUGAUCAGAGGGAUGGAGAAACAGAGGAAGGUUCCCCUUUACCAUCUGCAGCUCAGCUGUAUGCUCCUAAGACUUUGGUGCUUGUAUCACGUCUGGACCAUCCGGAGGUCUUCAGGGAUUCCCUGGGCCUGAUUUAUACCAUUCAUACGGAUGGAUUAAGUGUGUCUCUGGAGAAUGUUGUCGGAAAUUUGCUAACCUGCACUGUCCCUGUCACUGGAGGUUCCCAGUCUGACCUGGAGCAGGAUGGUAUGGUAUGCACUUCAUUCUAA